AUGGCAUCUUGGCUCUCAAUCCCCGUAGACUCGCAUUUCUCUCUUGCGAACAUCCCAUUUGGGAUUAUUUCUACCUCCAAGUCAAGCGUCCCUGUGCCUGCAAUUGCCAUAGGUAACUAUGCACUUGAUCUCUCUACGUUUACCAAGGCACAGGGCUUUUCAAGUCUACCCAGCUUCCAUCCCCAUUUAGAUGUGUUUCAUCAGUCAACCUUGAAUGGGUUUGCGGCUCUCGGCCGACCGGUCCACAGACAGGUCAGGGAAUAUCUUCAAGCGGUGUUCAAGAACGACACGCCGUUCCCCUCCGUACUCAAGGAAAACGCAGCUCUUCAGAGGGAAGCCCUUAUCCCAUUGAGCGAAGUGACAAACCAUCUCCCACUUCAAAUUGGGGACUAUACCGACUUUUACGCCGGAAGGAAUCAUGCAUUCAAUCUUGGUUGCCUUUUUCGUGGUCCCGAGAAUGCCCUGCAGCCAAACUACAAUAGCCUGCCCGUUGGGUAUCACGGUCGUGCGUCGAGUGUUGUCGUUUCCGGAACGCCCAUCGUCCGACCCACGGGGCAAAUCCUAACAAAUCCAACUGCCACACCCAAGAUACCCGUCUUCAUGCCAUGUAAGAGGCUAGAUAUCGAGCUGGAGUUAGCUGCUUUUGUCAGCACGGGCAACAAGCUCGGCCAGCCGGUGCCUAUUGACAAAGCAGAAGACCAUAUCUUUGGCUUGGUGCUGAUGAAUGACUGGUCUGCGCGGGACAUUCAGGCAUGGGAAUACGUGCCCCUGGGACCAUUCAAUGCUAAGAAUUUUGCGACAACAAUCACUCCAUGGGUCGUUCUCAUCGAUGCACUGGAGCCCUUUAGAGCACAAGGUCUUGAGCCGGGAAAUCGCGAUUCUCUCCUCCCCUAUCUUCGGGAGAAAAGACCAGACAAUGUCUUUGAUAUCAAAUUGGAGUUCGAGCUUAGACAUAGCAAGGAAGAUGCCCCAACUCGUAUCUCAACUACAAAUGCCACAAAUCUGCUCUAUUCAUUCUCGCAGAUGCUGGCCCACCACACCAUUACGGGCUGCAAUCUGCGCACGGGUGACUUGUUGGGCAGUGGCACAAUCUCGGGCAAAGAGCCAAAAACACAGGGUAGUCUACUGGAGCAUACUAAUGGUGGAAAGGAACCAAUUACCUUGUCUGACGGCACGACCAAGAGGAUAUUUCUCGAGGACGGGGAUGAAGUGAUUUUGCGAGCUGUUGCCGGGGAUGUCGACGGUGCAUACGUUGGAUUUGGCGAGUGUAUCGGCAGCAUCGCCCCUGCUGUUAAUUUUACUUUUUGA